UAGUAUAUCUUUUAAUUUACAAAUCGCUUAUUUCUGCAAGACCAUGUGCGAGUGCCUGGGAUCCUGUUCCUCCAGUUCAUAGUCAGUAUGUUACUCGGCCUAAGACGCGGUUGGAGUUUACAUUCACAAAAUCAAGCUCUUAUAGUAUGCCGUGUGAAGCUGCUUCUCGCUUCUUGAUAUUGUAUGGAUCUCAGCGCGGUCAGGCUCAGUCUCUAGCUGAAGAGAUCUGCCAACAAGCAGCCGAACAUGGAUUUACAGCGGACAUCAGCUGUCUGAGCAACCAGCGCAAUUACAACUUAGAUAGUGAAAUCACGCCAGUUGUUUUUGUGGUUUCCACGACCGGUGAUGGGGACCCUCCGGACACAGCUCAGAAGUUUGUGAGAAAGAUCAAAAACAAAUCUCUUCCACACGACCACUUCUCCCAUCUGCGUUAUGCACUGUUAGCUUUGGGAGACACAAACUAUGCAAAUUUCUGCAACGGGGGCAAGACCAUUGACAGCCGUCUGCAACAGCUUGGUGCUAAACAUUUCUAUGCCACUGGGCAUGCAGAUGACGGCACUGGACUUGAAGUAGUGGUGGAUCCUUGGAUUGAGGGCCUCUGGGACGCUCUGAAAAAAACGUUCUCUAGCAUGGCUACUUCAGAUCAACAGGACACUGUCCUUAGUGACAGUACACAGGACAGUUUUCAUAAAACUGCAUCUGGCCAGGAAAAAAAUAAGUCAGAUCUAGAAGUUGAUCUUCAUCUUUUAAAGCUGAGUGAAGCAGACUCACCAAAAGGAAAAGGGAUUGAAUCUGACAGCAGAGAUGUAGAGACUGUUUCUGCAGUGUUGGUUGCAUCUCUGAAGCAGUCGGUGCCACCGUUGUCACAGUCUGCUCUUAAUGUUCCUGCUCUUCCCGCUUCAUAUCUGGAGGUCCGUUUGGAGCAGGUGUCAACUGAAGGGGAGACAGUCCCAUCUGAUAAAGACGGUUAUCAUGAGGUGUCCAUUUCAAAAGCAGUUCAGUUAACUCAAGAUGAUGCUGUGAAAACUGCCAUCUUACUGGAGUUUGAUGUUUCGGAGCAGAACCUUGCUUAUCAGCCUGGAGACGCCUUUGAUAUUCUCUGUCCAAACAGAGCCAGUGAAGUUGAGGAGCUGCUGCUCAGACUGGAUCUGCACACGCGGAAGAAUUGUGCUGUUCAGGUCAACUUGCUUAAAAACAGCAGUAAGAAAGCAGCAAAAGUUCCUCUUCACAUCCCGCAGAACGGCUCUUUGGAGUUUAUUCUCACCUGGUGUUUGGAGAUAAGGAGCGUUCCAAAAAAAGCGUUUGUGCGAGCAUUGGUGGACUUCACUCAGAACGGUUCAGAGAAAAGAAGGCUUCUGGAGCUUUGUAGCAAAGAAGGCUCAGCAGACUACAACAGCUUUGUCAGGGACGCUAACGUAUGUUUGCUGGAUCUGCUUCGGGCCUUCCCAUCCUGCCUACCUCCACCCAGCCUUCUGUUCGAACAUUUGCCAAAGCUUCAGCCCAGAGCCUAUUCUGCUGCCAGCUCCAGCCUUCAGCUCCCUGGGAAAGUUCAUUUGGUGUUCAAUGUUGUGGAGUUCCCUGCACGUCCCGAGCAUCCGGCGAGGACGGGGUUGUGCACGGGCUGGCUGGCUGGUCACGUCUCCUCAAUCUUGCGGCCCCUUGGGACGGUACUGGCUUCAGAGCGCCUAGGCACAUCAGCCCUGCCGAAGGUACAUGUCAGGCCCCGUCCCAGCAGCACCUUCCACUUACCAGCCGACCCGUCUGUUCCUGUAGUGAUGGUGGGUCCUGGGACAGGUGUGGCCCCCUUCAUUGGAUUUCUUCAACAAAGAGAGACAGAACGUGAAGUGAACCGGGAAGCAACUUUUGGAGAGAUGUGGCUCUUUUUUGGAUGCCGCCACAAAGACAAAGACUUUCUUUUCAGAGAGGAGUUGGAGAGAUUUGUGCAUAAUGGAACCCUGAGCCAUCUGAUCGUGUGCUUCUCCAGAGAUGAGCCUGAUGCAGCGGGAACCGUUAGCACUCCAACAUAUGUCCAGCAUAACUUGCAUCUCCAUGCUAAAAAUGUUGCCAGCAUUCUCCUCAAAGACAAAGGCUUUCUCUAUGUCUGUGGGGAUGCAAAGAACAUGGCAAAGGAUGUGAAUGACACACUACUGGAGAUCAUAGGAAAUGAACUUCAAAUGGAUAAACUGGAUGCUAUGAAGACUGUAGCAGGACUUCGUGAGGAGAAGCGAUAUCUACAGGACAUCUGGAGUUGAGAAAGCACACUUACAGGGCACAAACAAAUAUUGAUUGACAGAUGUGCAAAAUAACUUUUUGGCCUUUUAGUUCAUAUCCACACAACAGGUGCUAUUGAGUGAUAUCCAAACUCAUUAACCAACUGCCUUAAGUCUCAAUGUUUUUUCCUAACUUUCAAGUAUUUUAAAAGCUUUUAGUAAAUUAUCUGAAGGUACAGUUAAAAACGCUUAGAUAUUAGGUAUGUUUGUUCAAACUGUUUUUUUUUUUUUUUGACAGUGCCUUUUAUGCAGUUAUUAAAGAGGAGCCCUGCAUAACCGUUUCAUUCUUUGAGGACCGUUUCUGUACAUUUAGAUACAGCGCAGGUAAAAUAUGCAUAAUGCAUCAGAGUCAGAAAGCAGGAGGAUGCUAGACACGUGAAACCAAAACAUGACAGACUGGAUGGGAAAACUGUCAGAAGCUGCCAAAUCCAGGAUCAUCUGCAGCAUUUCCGUGUUUUUCAAUUCCGAUAGUUUUUUUUAAGAUUAGAGAGGAUACUCUAGAGUCAUCCAUUUUCUUCCCAAAAAACAGGUUUGAAAUUCACCUCAGGUAUCCACAGCAAUUAUACCGGUCUAGAGAUUUGGCCAGUCUAUUGUUAUACCCCAACAUUUUAUUAAAACUGCCAGGCUAAGAAAACUUUUUAAUUAAUAGUCUUUAACAUAAUACCUGUACUCACUGUAAUUAGUUCAUACUGUCAUUUUAUGGCAAGGGCUGUGUAACAGUUCUCCAUGAAUGAUUAAUUUUGAGUACAUAAUAUUCGCACAAUAUUGCACACAAAAAUAUUCUCGUAGCUUCAUAAAAUUACAGUUGAACCACUGAUGUCACAUGGACUAUGUUGGCAAUAUAUUUACUACCUUUCUGGGCCUUGAAUGUGGUAGUUGCGUUGCUGUCUAUGGAAGGUCAGAAAGCUUUUGGAUUUCAUCUAAAAUAUUUUCAUUUGUGUUCUGAAGUUAAACGAAGGUAUUGCAGGUUUGGAACGACAUGAAGCACAUAAAUGACAGAAGUGAGUUUAAAUAAAUUCCACCAACGAUUUUAAUUUGA